AUGAAAUGUGAGAGGGAAAAUACUAACAAAACCAAACCAGGGUUUACGGGAAGAGGAAAACGUAGACAUGGAAGACCCCGUUGCCAUAUUUGCCACACAAGAUUUUCUGAAGAAUGGUGGAGAAAACCUGUUGAAAUAGAAUUUGGUGUAAUUGAAAUCCUUUAUAGAUGUGAUGAAUGUGAAUUUGAUCUAUUUAAAAAGACCAAUGAAUAUUCUGAAGAAGAAGAAGAAUUUCUUGAAGAAGAAGAAAUAGAAGACUAA